GGGAAAGGAACAAAGGUUUCUUGAUACUCAAGAAGAAGCGAGAGAGAGGAUCCUUUUCGUUCGUUCUUCUUGCAUUGCAUGCGACUGUGAGUUUGUGAAAGCAAGAAAGCUCUGACAAGUUUCGACAAAAAUGGCGGCGAAAGACGAAGACGGCGGCAACUUAAACGCCGAUGACACUUUCGCCGACGGUAACGUAAACGCCGAUGGUAAUCUGGCGGAAUCGGGAGAGAUCGAUCAGCUGUUGCAGGACAUAUCGAACGUUCUUCUUUCUCGUCAAGGGACGAGUAAUAAUGAGCAAGGAACCAGUGCUAAUCAACUAUUGCCUGUUUCAUCUACCACUAGUAGUAAUGUGCCUGUAACCUCGGGUGAAGCAACAUCUUCUAGUGUGCCAGUAAAUUCAGGUGAAUACGAGAUGAUGUUUUCCCCUCUUGGGGUGCCAUUAAUGUCUGAUGCUCCUGUCAAGAAUGACCGUCCCUUGCCUGAUGAUGAAGACGUUACUAAAUUAAUUGAUAACACAUGCUGGGGGUAUGAUGAAACAAGAGAUCGACUUAAAAAGGGUUUCUCUCUACUCCCUCUAGAGAAUGAUGAUGACUCAAAAGAGCUGAGCAAAAUAGAUCCCUCCUCCUCCUCAGACCAUCUUGAAGCAGAACAUGUGCAGUACGGAACUCAUGAGCCGGUGAUUCAGCCAACGCCUACAAGACAAAGCAUUACUACUACUGCAUCUUCAUCUGGUCGUAGCCCAUCGGUCUCGAUGACCAAGGCAUUUAUGACAUCCACUGACUUUGUACCAAGAAGGAACCAACAAGCCAUGAACCUACCGCAGCCGCAGAGGAACCAACAAGCCAUGAACCUACCACAGACACAGAGGAACCCACAAGCCAUGAACCCUCAUUACUCUCAGUUGCAAGUUCCUUCAGGGCAGUAUAGUAAUAUCACGAGACCUCCUUACUUGCCACCAUCAGCACUACCAUUUCAGCAACCUGGUGGUAGUAACACGGCGCAUUAUGGUACUAUGGUGACAUAUCCUUACUGGCGACCAGAACAGACCGACAUCUACAACACGCCUCAGCCAAAUGCCUUUGUGGUUCCUUAUGGUACUAUGGUGACGACAACUUACUGGCGACCAGAACAGACCGACAUCUACAACAUGCCUCAGAUAGAUGGCUCUGUGGUUACUUAUGCUUACGGUUCUCCUAACCCCUUUGACACGUCUGCAUACUCGAGAUUUGGUUAUGAAGGUGUCCCAGGCAACUACUUGUCAUCAAUUCCGCAGCAUCAGAGUACUGGAGAUUCAAUUGUGCGGCCACCGAGUAACACACAUAGCCGCCAACAACGACAACACCUGCCUUGGAGUGAUGACUUAGCAACUCAGAACCAACAAAACGAUAGGAGUGAUGAUCCGUCUGACCAAACCCAAAGAGACAACUAGCAAUCCCAAAUCAGAGUGAUUUUCUUUCGAUGGCUUAAGCUACUUUGUUUGUGAAUAAUAAGGUGUUCUGAAGUACUACGUUCUAUCUUUUGUUUUGUUAUACACUAGGUUCAUCAAGAAUUCAUGAUAUAAACCAAAAAUGAAUAUUUUGUUAGAAC